AUGGAAGCCUCAACAGCUGCUGAUGCUGAAGAUGACGAAAUAAUUAAAGAGAUACCCAUAAUUCAUUCUAAGAGACUUGAGGACAACUUAUAUCUAUUUCAAUACCCAUUAAACCAUAGCGUAACUACUAAUCAACACAAAAUCAAAUCAUGCUUUUUCAAACCCAAAAACCAAGAAGUCAAACUUGAACUAGGUAUUGAUACCCAUUCUCCGAAUUUUGACACAGGAAGAGCUGAGAUAAUAGCACAUGAGGUAGAUAAGGACUCAGACAAAACCAAAAAGAAUCCUAAAUAUUUUGAGAAUGAGGUUGUUGACAAGGUUUUUCUUCAAUCAUCUAAGACUGUUCAAGAUGCCAACAGGUAUGCAGUGGCUGUGUAUAAUGGCAAAGAAGUCCAUCUUACCUCUCUAAGUGGAGUAUUUCAAUUCAGGCCGGUUUUCCCUUAUAUGGAAAAGGGCUUAAAGAGGAAGAAGGAAACAGAUGGGAAUGAGUCUGAUGAAGAACAAGCUGGCCCAAGUUCUGCCCAACAAGUAACAGUAAAGUUCAAAUCUAGUGAUGAAAGGUGGAAAAAGAUGGAUGAAACUAGCUAUCAUGCUUUGCAGUCUAAAAAAGCUGAAGAACCUUGGACUGAGUGUGAAUGGCAUGAAGCAGAUAGCACUUUUAGUUGUGUGGAGAGACUCAAAUUGAUGUCAGACAAUACAGAAGACAUCAGCCAAGCUACUACUUUAGGAGAUUCAGAAUAUAUAAGGCUGCUGAUUCCAGAAGACCAGGAACAGACACCUCUAGAACCAGUACUGCCUUCUCACCUACUUUCUUUGAAUGCCUUGAGGGCUUUACCCAUUCAAGAGAGAUGUAGGGUGUUAUUAAAAGAUGCCCAAAUAAUAAGAUUCCAGCAGCUUUUGAUGCUUUUAACAGGGGGAGAAAAGACAGCAACAGAUUCAUUACUGAAAGUUCUUCCGGUUGUAGCAGUUUUAGUCAGAGGCAACUGGGUAGUUAAGUCUGAUGUUUUGUAUCCUGCUAAUACGUUUUCUGCCACUAGUGGAGUUCCAGCAGAAUUGAUGUGCAGAGCCAGAGAUUAUAUUGUAAGUAUUUAUUUGGCAGUUUUGAUAUCUGUACCUAGGAGAGAAAAGGCACUAUGUGCACAUGCAGAUGCAGAAUCCAUUCCGAGUCUUAGUGAAGCAUAUGACUCGGAUGCUGAUAAAGAGUAUAUUCCACAUGAAAAUGAAUAUUCUAACUCUGAUGUUGAGCAUGAGGCGAACAAAUUAACAAAAGUCAAGGUAGUCAAAAACCAAUUGGCUUCAAACAACAAAAUGGAACUAUACUCGACAUAG